CGAGCCCCCCCGCGAGGAGGAUGGAGCCGGAGGAGGGUUUUAAUGGGCCCCCCUGCGCGGGUGCCCGCGGCCCCGCGGCCGCCGCCAUCAUCGGCGCUGAGGACGAGGACUUCGAGAACGACAUCGAGCCCACCCCCGAGGAGCAGAACAGCCAAUUCCAGAGCCUGGAGCUGCUGCGGCAGCACCCGCUGUCCCUCAUGGCCUUCCUGCAGCACGUCGUGCUCCAGUUCGACUCCUGCCCCGUGGUGAGAUGGGGAGGGGGUUCCCAGACCCCCCCCGAGACCCCCCAAAAUCUGAGGAGGGGGUGGGGAGUGAAACCUGGGGGUGAAACUUCCCCUGGGAUUUGGGAUUUGGGCCUGGAGCCGGGGGGGCCCGGGGGAGGAGGAGACCCCCCGCCCUUUCUGCCUCGGCAGCCUGAGGAGGCUGUGCCGCGCCUGGAGCCGGAGCUGGAGCAGGAGCCGCCGGCCUGGCGGGAGCUCGCCGACCCCGCCGCCCUCCUCAGGCUGCCCCAGCGCGAGGUGCGGCGCCAGGAGGUCAUCAACGAGCUGUUCCUGACGGAGCACGCCCACGUGCGGAUGCUGCGGGUGCUGCUGGAGCUCUUCUACCAGCCCAUGCUCCGGGACGGCUUCUUCGACGAGCAGGAGCUCUCCACCAUCUUCCCGAGCCUCGAGGACCUCGUGGAAGUUCACAGUGAGGUCCCGGGGACGUUUCGGUGUCGCCCCGGGAUUUUGGGGGUCCCUUUUGCCCCCCCCUCCCCGCAGUUCGAGGGCACCGAGGGCAGCUGGUUCCAGAAGAUCUCGGCCCGGUUCUGCAGCCGCCAGAGCUUCGCCCUGGAGCAGCUCAAGGCCAAGCAGAGGAAGGACACCAGGUUCAACCAGUUCAUUCAGGAGGCAGAGAGCCGCCCCCGCUGCCGCCGGCUGCAGCUCAAGGACAUCAUCCCCACCGAGAUGCAGCGCCUCACCAAGUACCCCCUGCUGCUGCUCAGCAUCACCAAAUGCACAGAGGCUGCGGCCGAGCGGGCCAAGGUGGAGCAGGCGGCCGAGUGCUGCCGCCACAUCCUCAACCACGUGAACCAGGAGGUCCGCGACAUGGAGAACCUCAUGAAGCUCAAGGAUUACCAGCGGCGCCUCGACCUCUCCAACGUGAAGCAGAGCACGGACCCCCUGCUCAGCGAGUUCAGGGUGAGGGGGG